AGGGAGUAUUUCUCAUAAUCAAAAGGGACGUAAAUAUUAUUUGCUGUGUUUAUUACAGGUCAUCAUUCAGAUAUGGCGUGUUUUUAUUAAAAAUAAUUCUCAGAAAUUUCUACGAAUAUUACAAUAUACAUAUGUAGUUAUAAAUUUAAUAUUUCGAAUAGAUAAAUAGCUAUACUUACUUUAAUAAUUAACUAUUUAAACAUCAUAUAUUAAUAUAAUUCAUGUACAUUUAUAGGAUCAUCAAAAUUAUAUAUACUUAUUAGAUAUAUACAAUGCCACGUAGAAAUCGUCAUAAGAAAACCCCUCUUAUUGGGGAAGAUACUAGAAUUGCAGUAAAUUUAACAUUAAAAAAGUUAUUAGAAACUCCUGAUCAGAAAGAAUUAGAAUUUCCAUCUUCAUAUACUGCAGAGGAAAGAGCUUAUAUUCAUAAAUUAGCAUAUGAACUUGGAUUAAAAUCUAAAAGUAGAGGUAAAGGUACAAAUCGUUUUUUAACUGUGUACAAAAGAGAAGGUUCAACUAUAGUUCAAGCUGAUGCUGUAAUAAAAUUACAAAAAUCAUCAAGACAAAGUAUAUAUAAUUUAUUACAAGCUUUUCCAUUAAAUCAUAAAGAAUGUCAAGAUUUAUUACCACCAAUUGAAAGAGAACGACCUCCUAAUACAGAUGUUUCAGUAAAUACAAAUACAAAAGCAAUGGGAAGAUUAAAUAAUAGUGUGCCUCAAAUACCACAAUUGAAAACUAAUUUUGAUGUAUUGAAUUAUCGCAAAGCUCUUCCAAUUUUUAACUUUAGAGAAGAUAUUCUUGAUGCAUUAAAUAAUAAUCAAGUAGUUAUAAUAGGAGGUGAAACAGGUAGUGGUAAAACUACUCAAGUCCCUCAAUUUAUUCUUGAACAUUGCCAACAAAGACAACAACCUUGCAGAAUUAUUUGUACUCAACCAAGAAGACUGUCAGCUGUUUCAGUAGCUGAAAGAGUAGCAUUUGAAAGAGAUGAAAAAAUUGGUCAAACAUUUGGUUAUCAAAUAAGACUUGAAAGUAGAGUUGCUCCAAAAACUCUUUUAACAUAUUGCACAAAUGGUGUACUUCUUAGAACACUUAUGGCAGGUGAUUCUGCUCUGAGUACUGUCACGCAUGUCAUUGUAGAUGAAGUUCAUGAACGUGAUAGAUUUUGUGAUUUUCUUUUAAUAGCUUUAAAAGAUGCAUUACAAAAACAUAAAUCUCUUAAACUUGUACUUAUGAGCGCCACAUUAGAUGUUAACAUUUUUGUAAAAUAUUUUAACAAAUGCGCAGUUAUAAAUGUUUUGGGUAGAUCAUAUGAUGUUGACACAUAUUUUCUUGAAGAUGUCUUAAAAAUGACAGGUUAUAUGACAAAAGAAAUGCUUUCAAAAAGAAAAGAGUUUAUGAAUAAGAAAGAUCAACAUAAAAUUUUAGAAACCUGGACUCAAUAUAAACCUCAACAAUCAGGAUCAAAUGCUAUGAAUGAAAGAUGCAUAUUACCUGCACCAAUAUUAGCACAACAAAAUGAACCAGUUCCAGAAAAAGUAAAAUUAGAACCAUGGUUAGCAGAAGAAAUGGAUAAAAGUAUUUCGGAUGCAUGGUUACGUGGAGGCGAAGAUAAUUUUGCACAACUUUUAUAUUUCAUACUUUCCGAAAAUGUCUCAGUAGAUUAUCAACAUUCCACAACACUUGUAACUCCGCUUAUGGUAGCUGCAGGUAAAGGAUGUAUAAAUACUACUGAACAGCUUUUAAAUUUAGGUGCAAAUUUAAAUCUACGAGCAGCCAAUGAAUGGACUGCAUUAGAUUGGGCAAAAAAUAUGAAUCAAACUGAAUGUGCUGAAUUAAUAGAAGCAUAUAUGAAAACUUAUGAUUGCAUAGUACAGGAUGAAACAAAAGCACAUGCUAAAGAUAUUUCACUUCCAGAAGAAGAUAAAUUUUUAUUAGAUGUGUAUCAACAUACAUUUAAUGAUGAUAAAAUCAAUUAUGAUCUUCUUUUACAUUUAAUUUUGCACAUUCAUUUAAAGAUGCCUCCUGGUUCUCUUUUAGUAUUCUUGCCAGGAUAUGAUGAUAUUGUAACUAUGAGGGAAAAAAUAAAUAAUGAAGAAAAAGAAAUGAAUAAGGGUUUACGCUAUAAUUUAUAUGUACUUCAUUCAAAUAUGCAAACAUGUGAUCAGAAAAAAGUGUUUAAACCAAGUUCUGUAGGAACUCGUAAAAUUAUUCUUUCAACAAAUAUAGCUGAAACAAGUAUUACAAUUGAUGAUGUAGUAUAUGUUAUUGAUUCGGGAAAAGUCAAAGAAAAAUCAUUUGAUGCAUUAUCAGGAGUAUGUACACUUAAAUCUAAUUGGAUUUCUCAAGCUUGUGCAAAACAACGUAAAGGUAGAGCUGGAAGAUGUAGAAAAGGCAUUUGUUAUCGCUUAUUUUCGUCAGUUCGAUAUAAUAGCAUGGAGCCUUAUCAAACUCCUGAAAUUUUAAGAUCACCACUACAAGAAUUAUGUUUGUACACAAAACAUUUAGCUGCAGGAAAUACACCUAUUGCCGAAUUUUUAGAUCGAGCAUUAGAACCACCUUCUAAUGUAGUAACAAGAAAUGCAGUUCAAUUAUUAAAAACUAUUGAUGCAUUAGAUCCAUGGGAAGAUCUUACUGAAUUAGGAAGUCAUUUACUUGAUUUACCAAUUGAACCACGACUUGGAAAAAUGUUAUUAUAUGCUGUUGUUUUGAAAUGUUUAGACCCAGUCUUAACAAUUGUAUGUAGUUUAGCAUACAAAGAUCCAUUUGUAUUACCGUUUCAACCAUCACAAAAACGAGCUGCAACCGCUGCUCGUAAGAGAUUUGCAACCAAUACAUACUCUGAUCAUAUGGCAGUUUUACGUGCUUUCCAAGGUUGGCAAAAUGCACGUGCAGGUGGAAAAGAACGCAUAUUUUGCGAACAAAAUUUUAUUUCUGCUGCUGUUAUGGAAAUGGUAGUUGGAAUGCGUACCCAACUUCUUGGUCAACUUCGUGCAUCUGGAUUUGUUAGAGCAAGGGGUCCAGGAGAUAUUAGAGAUUUAAAUUCUAAUUCUGAAAAUUGGGCAGUUGUGAAAGCAGCUUUAACUGCUGGUUUAUAUCCAAAUUUAAUAAGAGUAGACAGAGAACACUUGCAAUUAAGAACACAGAAAGAAGUGAAAGUAUUUUUUCAUCCAUCAUCAACCUUAAGAGAUUAUCCUAAAUCACCAAGAAUGACAUCUACUCAAACGUAUGCAGCUAAUGUAGAAGCUUUACCUUGUGAUUGGUUACUUUAUGAAGAAAUGAGUCGUACAGGACGAUUUUGUCAUGUUAAAAUGGUUACUUUGGUAAAUCCAUUAACAGUAGCUUUGUUUUGUGGACCAGCAAGAUUAUCCGUAGAUGUAAUCUAUGAAGCUGAAUCUGUACCAGAAAGUGAAUCAGAUUCUGAAGUUGAUGAAAGUAAUGAAGGAACAAUCUUUAAACUUGAUGAUUGGGUAGUAUUUAAACUUGAUCCAGAAACUGCCAGAUUUUUUUUACAUCUAAGGCAAAAAUGGAAUGCUUUAUUUUUGAGACGUAUGAAAACGCCGAAUAAAGCUAUGUCACAACUUGAUGAAAAAGUAGUGAGUACUUUAGUGAGUGUAAUUACAAAUGAGGAACAGGCAUGUGGAUUACAACAGCCAUCUGGUAUUGGUCAAAGACCGCGCCCUUUAAUUGUUGAUUAUUAUCCUGCCAAUGUUAGGAGAACAGAUGAUUUUGUUGAGAGAAAUUUUUAAAAUUGGAUGGAAGAAACAUAUUUUAUUAAAUGUAAAUUAUAAGAGAUAUUUUAUUCUCUUGGUUCCUAUAUGUGAUCACAAAACUCAAAUGAUAUUCCAAUAUCAAUUUAAAUAAAUUUCAUAUCAAUAGAUUGCUUUUGAAUUAGACAGGGUAAAAGAAACGAAUUGCUGAUAUAGAAUAAUUGUUAUUUCAUUAAAAUGUUUUUUCGAUAUCAAUAAAUUUAACAAAUUUUUCCUUUA